AUGUGUGCCAAUGCUCAUCCCUCUACUGUUCCUGUGCUCACCUAUUCUGCUAUGCUCAAACACAUUGCUUCCCACUUUGCCUAUGUGAAGUUGCCUAAGAACUCAUGCCUUGGCAAGUGCUCUGCUUGCAUUGACUUUGCACAGCAAUGCUUUAGAGCCAAAAGCCCUCUUGAGGCAGCACAGUUUGCAAAACACCUCAGUUACAAGGACCAAUGCCACCAAGCAACAAGUCAACCAAGUCUUUACAUGAGCCUGAUCAUUGACUACUCCAACCCACUCCCUCUCCCCACCCACACUCCUGUGCCAAAGGCCUGGAUGCACUUUGGCAACUGGUUCACCAUGGCUGACAAUUGUGCUGCUGAGAACAAGAAUGUCUUCAUGCUUGCCUUCCUCAGUCUCCUGGUCAGCCUAGAUAUGUUCCAAGAGGUCUACCUGAGCUUUCUGUUGGUUGGGCAUACACAUGAAGACAUCAACCAGCUCUUCUCCACUGCUCAGACAAAGUUCCAUACCUCUUCCAUUCACACCCCAAGGUAA